ACACUGACUCCGCCCCCGAACGCCCCGUUGUGUCUGAUACCAUACGAUGCGAGCUAUCCGUGCGCAGACUCGCUUACACAAGAUAUUGAAGAGAUCGUAUUUCAAUACAUUUUAUCCGGGCUUACCCGAAAGGUUUUGAAAAGAGGGGGUUUUAGUUAGCCUUCCCAGCCCCGCUGUCACGUGGCUCGGAUCACCUAAAUACUAGAGCGGAGCGACAGGCUUUCGCUUUUACUUUGUCCUUGAUGAUGGCAGCACAGGAUUUCAAUCUCUUACUUGCGACGGACUCAUAUAAGAUUACUCACUACAAGCAAUAUCCUCCAGGUAUCAGUAAGGUUUAUUCCUACUUUGAGUGCCGACGCAAAAAGGGGGGGCAGUUCAAUGAGGUGGUGUUUUUUGGCUUGCAGUAUCUCCUGAAGAAAUACCUCGCAGGUCAAGUUGUCACAGAGGAGAAGAUCCAAGAGGCUAAAGUCUUUUAUCAGAUGCACUUUAAACAGACAGUGUUCAAUGAAGAAGGAUGGCGGAAAGUUUUAGAGAAAUUUGAUGGCCGUCUUCCAAUCCGUAUCAAAGCAGUUCCCGAGGGGAAGAUCAUUCCUAGAGGGAACGUUCUCUUUACUGUGGAGAAUACCGAUCCAGAUUUCUUCUGGCUUACCAAUUAUAUUGAGACUAUGCUGGUUCAAAUGUGGUACCCCAUCACCGUGGCAACAAUCUCCAGGGAGUUCAAAAAGAUUCUGGCCAAGCACCUGAAGGCCACAUCAGGGAGCUUGGAGGGUCUGGACAUCAUGCUGCAUGAUUUUGGCUACAGAGGCGUGUCUUCACAAGAGUCAGCAGCGCUAGGUGGAGCUGCUCAUCUGGUGAAUUUCUGCAGCACAGAUACAGUAGCAGGUCUACUGAUGGCACAGCGAUACUAUGGAUGCCCUAUGGCUGGAUUCUCUAUACCUGCAGCAGAGCACAGCACUAUCAUCUCUUGGGGCAAGAACCGAGAGAAGGAGGCAUUUGAGUGUCUGUUGGACCAGUUUCCCUCUGGUCCUGUAGCUGUGGUUAGCGACAGCUAUGACAUUUUUAAGGCUUGUAAGCACAUCUGGGGCGAUAAGCUGAAGGAGAAAGUGAUGGAGAGGAGUGAAGAUUCUGCCCUCAUUAUUCGCCCAGACUCUGGGGACCCCGCUGAGACCCUCAUAGAGGUGAUGAAGAUUUUGGAAGAGUGCUUUGGUAGUUCUCUGAACUCUAUGGGCUACAAGGUGCUCCCGUCAUAUUUGCGCCUUAUCCAGGGUGAUGGGAUUGAUCUGAACUCGAUUAAUGAGAUUCUGGAGAAACUAAGCGAUGAAGGCUGGAGUGCGGAGAAUGUGUUUUAUGGUUGUGGAAGCUCUCUGAUGCAGAAGAUAAACAGAGACACGCUUAACUGUGCUUUCAAAUGUAGCUAUGUAGAGACCGAUGGCAAGGGCAUGGAUGUCUAUAAGCAACCAGUCACAGAUCCAUCUAAAGGAUCCAAGCGAGGUCGACUCUGUCUUAGAAGAAAUUCAGAUGGCUUCAUAGAGACGGUGGAAAGAGGAGUUGGCAAACCAGAUGAGGACAUGUUGGUGACUGUGUUUGAAAAUGGGACCAUACUACAGGAAUACACUCUGGAUGAGGUCCGGAAAGCUGCUCAGCUUUGGGAAGAGGAUUUGAGCCCCGCCCAGCACAAUAAAGACGACGGAAAUACUCUGGAUAUCCACCAGAAACGCAUAAUGAAUGGUGUGCAUUAAGUUAUGUAUUGAAUGCACUCUGUUAUCAACACUGCCACCUACAGACCAACCACUGACCCAAUACACACAACACUCAGUAGUACGCAGACUUUUAGUCAUUUGUAGAUCACGUUGUCACCAGCUGAUCUGACUUUUAGAUUUUUAAGGCAAAAAUGUUGAAUUUGGUUGCUCAGGUUUUUUUAAUUUUGAAUUCCUUUUCGAUCUAGUAAAAUUAUGUCUUUAUUUGAUAAAAAAAAUCUAGUAACAUGCCAAAUAUCUUUCGUGGUGCUUCAUUUCUACAAAGAUGUGUUUUAGGAGUAGGCUGACAACAGGGUUUGGUAGAGUUUUGGUCCGUUAAACCGUCACCCUGACAGUAGAUUGAUAAAUAAAAGAUCUUAAUUUGAGGUGAUCCAACGUCCAACUUUAAGCUUCUGUAAAGUCAAGCACAUGAUACUGACCUUUAAUCCUUCCAUAUGAAGCACACUGAGACAUAGCUAUGCAUGAAUACAGGGAUUAUUGCAUUUAGAAAUCACUUUCAGUCUCCCUUUCGAAGGUUUUGGGGUUUAAUGGAUCAACUUGCAAUAGUUUUAGUAGUUUUUGAAGGACCUAUCACAUGUUUUGAAUUUCAUGAACUAUAAUGCCAAUGCAAGCAUAGUAUUUAAGCAUCUUGUCCUGCACAAAAUUAUUUUUUUAGCUACGUCUAUUUAUAGAAAAUGUAAGCACCUGUGUCUUGAUGUUCCAUAAUUCAUUGUAAAGUUGCUUGUGAAAGGUUAGUAACACUAUGUUUUUUGUUAGUAACAACGAUUCUUCUUUGCAGAAAACUACCAAUUGAUUUUGUAAUGAACCUACUUAAGUACACUCUAAAAAUACUGAGUUGUUUUGUUGGGUAAUAUGCAAACAUGUCCUGGGUUUGACUUGGUUUGUUCCUUUUCGACAAAAAAAAGCUAUAUAGUAUAAUAGUGGUUUCAGGAGAAUUGAACAUAGUGUUAUUUUCAUCUAGUUGGUAUUAGACUUCCACCAGCAAUGCACAGAAUACACAGCGGAGACUUCCAAUAUUGUGUCUUUUUACAGCUGCUGAUGGUGCCUUAAACCACUCAAACCUCAGUGCUGGUCUCACUUUAUUUUUCACACUUAAUAUUGUCUCUCCCUAUCAGUUACACUGUUCAUAUUUUAUGUGACUCACACUAAUGAUUGUUCAAUGUUUUGCUUUUUUGCUGUUUGCCCUUACUUUUCUUCUGUCAAGCUUCUAUGAUGUUUGACACCUGUAUUGCUGAUGCUGAGGAAGAUCUGCAGUGGGUUUAAUUACAGUGUGUACAUUGAUUAUUGUGUCACCGUCUUGUUGUGAUGGAAACUACACAUUUCUUGUUUAACCCUAAACAACUAAGUAGAAGCAGUUAAGCCUACCUCUUAAUAAUAAUGUAUAAUAAUGAAGUAAUGAUCAUCUCGCUUUGAGUAAAUAGCAUACAUACUGUUGUGUAAAUAUUCUUAAUAGUAGUUUGAAUGCUUGAGAUUUUAGCCUUGUUGCUUUUUUUAUUUUACAAAAGUGAUAUUUUGAAUAAAAGACGAGCAAGCAGAAAAAAUAUGAUAAUAAAUGUAGCUUUCUUAUCUUAACUGGUAAGAUGUCAUCCUUUCAAUUAAUAGAAUAUCAGAAAAAAAUAUAAAAAGUGCUCAAAAAUAGC